GCCAACGGUCAUAUUUUUUCAACUUCUUCAUUUCGAAAUCCAUUCCCACCCCCAACCCCCGAUCUCCUCUAAACAGGAUUGCACUCACUUUUGGAGAAAAAGUGAAAACCCCACUUUUGGGAACUCAUUUGUGGCUCAAGAUGGGAUGUUUUGCGGCCUGUUUUGGCACUGGGAAGCAUAAAAAACCCAUAAAGGCAUGUGGUGAAACUCCUCUCAACAAGCAGUCUUUAUCUCCCUGCCAUGAAACUCAAGAGGCUGUCGAGCUUUUGACUGCUAAAUCCUUAAAAAAAGGGGAGGUCGUAAAUCCCGUUUCAGAAUCUGUAGGUAUAAACGAAGAGCUGCUGAAUAGUAGUACCAGAGAGAAAGUUACAUUUGAUGAUUGGAACAAGGAUGGCCUGACCAAUAUUCUUGAGAGUAAUUUGGUGAAAAAUGAAAAUGAGAAAGUGGAAAGGGAGAAGGAGAAGGAGAACGGCGAAGAAGACGGCUCAGAUUCGACUGUGUCAAGCCUUAUAUCAUAUCCUCCAAACCAUAAAGUCCUAACCAACAUUGUUGAGAGUAAUGUGGUGAAUAACGAAAACGAGAAAUUGGAAAAAGAGAGAAAAACAGGCAGAGACGGCGACUCAGAUUCGACUGCAUUGUAUUGUCCAGUCGUCUCUACUAAUGAGCAGAAUGCAUGUCAUAGCCUCAAGUGUGCUUGUUGCGGUAGAAAAAUCGUAAAUAAGGACUUGGAAGAAUGCAAUUCCUUGGAUAAAUUUAAAGGGAUUGUUAAUGAAGGAAUAUGUGAUUGUGGGUUCCUACAAGAAGAAGAGUCCUCUGAAUCACUGUUUUCUUUAUCAAUAGAUUCAAGAAAACAUGUUUCUGCCGCUGAAAUGGGAGAAAAGGAGGUAAUUAGCCCAUUAAAACCUGCUGAUUCUGUAUUGAAUUCUGUGAAAAAUCUUAGCCAAAAGAAUUUUGUUAAGGUGAAAACAGCUAGUAUUAUAUUACUGAAUCAAGAAGAAGAAAAGGAGAAUAUUAAUUUGGAGCCUGUUGUUAAGCAAUUAAUUCAGCAGCCUAAACUAGAAUCUGAUAAUGAAAUUGCUGUUGAAACUAGUCUUUCAAGCUGGUUAGUUGAAUCUGAAAAAUCAUUCAAGAAUGAAAAUAGUCCAAGUUCUGUUGGGAAUUCUUCUGGGAGGUCCAAGUCUUUGAAAAGCUUUGGAAACAGGCCAGUUUUGGAGGCACUCACUUGUAAAGAGAUUAACGAAUCUUUGUCCUCUCAACAAACUUGGAGCCAUGGUUCGGAUGAUGUUCCAAGUAUUGGUACAAUAGGCAGUUAUUGGCAGCAUACAUGGAGGGUGACCGACGUGGACUGAAGCUCGUUGCAGAGGAAUUCCGAACGAGUAAAGCAAUUACAGGAACCAGCUUGAAUUUAUUAUUUAUUUUUUUCUGUGGGAGAAAUGUAAUUUAUUUUUUUCUGUGGGAGAAAUGUAAGGUUAGAAAUUACAGUGGCAGUCGAUUUGCCCAAGUUUAGGAAAUAAAUUAAUUUUAUUUGAAUUUUAACAUUUAUUUU